AUUUACUGUCUUGGUAGACAGCAUGAAGCAUGUUUGCUUCAAACUGAAUCUCAUUACGCGUGCAACGCACCAAGCGAACGGACACAGCAUUAACUCAAAGUAAUGUCACGCAGCAUCAAGUACAUCCAGACUGAUGUCAAUGGAGCCGCCGAGGGGCAGCGACGAAGGGUGGCAAUCAUUGGAGCGGGUCUGGUAGGAUCCUUGGCAGCUCUGAACUUUGCGCGCAUGGGCAACGAUGUGCAUCUGUAUGAGUAUCGCGAGGACAUUCGCACCGCAGAGUUGGUGCAAGGACGCAGCAUUAACUUGGCGCUAUCGCAACGUGGCCGCAAGGCGCUCGCUGCAGUGGGACUUGAGGAACAGGUGCUGGCCACUGCGAUACCCAUGCGAGGCAGGAUGUUGCACAAUGUGCGUGGUCGGACCAGCAUUGUGCUCUACGAUCCCUGCACCAAACAAUGUCUCUAUUCCGUGGGAAGAAAGCAGCUCAAUGAGGUGCUGUUGAAUGCCUGCGAUGCAUUCCCUAACAUCAGCUGCCACUUCGAGCAUAAACUGACCACGGCCAACAUCAGAGAGGGUCAAAUGCAGUUCAAAGUUGCGCACGAAGAGCAGCUAAUCUCGACCAGCGCUGAUCUGGUUGUGGGUUGCGAUGGCGCCUUUAGCUCAUUGCGUCAACAGUUGGUGCGCACUCCGGGCUUUAAUUACUCGCAGGAAUACAUUGCUACCGGGUAUCUGGAGUUGUGCAUACCCGCCAAGAAUGGCGAAUUUCAGAUGCCGCCCAAUUAUCUGCACAUUUGGCCACGCGACUCGUUCAUGAUGAUCGCCCUGCCCAAUCAGGACAAAUCUUUCACGGUCACGCUUUCAAUGCCCUUUGAGGUGUUUGCCCAACUGAAGACACAUCAACAACUUUUGGAUUUUUUUCGCCAGCACUACAUGGAUGCACUGCCUCUGAUUGGUGAGGAGCAGUUGAUCAAGGACUUUUUCAAGACACGUCCACAGCAUUUGCUGUCCGUCAAAUGCAAGCCAUAUCAUUUUGCGGACAAGGCGCUUAUUCUGGGAGAUGCAGCACAUGCCAUGGUUCCCUACUAUGGUCAGGGCAUGAAUGCAGGAAUGGAGGAUGUAACCCUGCUCACGUCCAUACUCAACGAGCAGCUGCCGCUGGACGAGGCGUUGGCCAAGUUCACAGAGUCACGCUGGCAGGAUGCCUUCGCCAUUUGUGAUCUGGCCAUGUACAACUAUGUGGAGAUGCGUGACCUGACCAAGCGUUUGUCUUUUCGCUGUCGCAAGUGGCUGGACACAACGUUGUUCCGCCUCUUCCCUCGUCAGUGGGUGCCGCUCUACAACAGCGUCUCGUUCUCCAGCAUGCCGUACAGUCAGUGCAUUGCCAAUCGCCAAUGGCAGGACAGAUUGCUGCACAAGACAUUGAGCUUUAGUCUGCUGGCCAGCUGUCUCGUUGCUGGCGCCAUCUAUGCCCGACGCUUGCGUUAAAACAAACAUACAUACAUUUUCCCACAACCUUUGUCAAUAUUUCUUAGCAUAAGUUUAAAAUUUUUCAUUUGUUUUCAAUACAAUUUUUAUGAAUACAUAUAUUCAAU